GUGCGCAUCUGAGAGAGUUGAUUAUUUUUUGCUCUGACUGUUUUUCUUCCUCGGUUAUAUUUUAAUUUUUGAAUUACCAUGUGCAUAAAACUUUGUAACUCGCGUAUCACUUGGAGAAAUAUUUUGAUUCGAUUUUGUUGGUAAAAUAUAAUACAGUCAUAAAAUAUCAAUUGCCCCCUCAGGAAACACCACAAUUUAUUAUGUAAAAUCAAUCAGCCACGAUGAAUAAAAGAAUAAAGAAUAAUCCGAGAUAAGAGCUUUUUUGGAAACAAUUAGACCGCUCCAAUGGCGUCGGAUGAAAUAUUCAAGUACAGCGAGGCGUUAGAUUCUGAGUGAUUGCGAAUCGCCCUUCGCGCGGUUCUUUUGAAGAAUUCCGUGUGUUGUUGUUUUUUUCUUUUUUUUUUUUUACGUUAGUCUCUUUUAUCGAUCGUGGCUGCUACCGAAUUCCGCUGGCUUUGUAUCGCAAACUAUAACUGUGAAAUAUUCACGUUUCAAAGUAGAGUAUGGAAUUUUCAAAAUUUAUAUAGCAAAUAUGUCAAUCGACAAAAAAAGAAUAAACUUUGAAAUAUUAGCUCCGGUACAGGCACGCGGGCAAAAGUUGAAAAACGUUGAUGGAGAUUAUUAUACGCAAAAUUAUUGCAAAGUUAAAGCUAUUUCGCAAAGUUAGCUCGUAGUGUGUGAGAAAGAGAGAGAGGUGAGACAAAAAGCAGCGGCACAGCCGUCGCACGAGGGGAUGAUGAGGGUGCUCUCAAGUCUCUCGAAUGUUUGCCAAGUUUAAGUCUAUAAAGUUAAAGUCGUUUACCAUGAAAGUUCGUAAUCGUCCUCAAGAGGUUUGCGAGAAUAAAAAUAAUAAUAGUAAAAAAAAUUAAAAAAAAAAGAAAAAGAAAAGAAGGAUGUGACUCAUGGCUCGUUCGAUGAAUAAAUUACGUAUACUUGAGAAUAAAAAACUUUGCAUUCCACCGUUGACCCAAGUAUUUAUACCGAGUAAAUAUUUCGAAAAAUUGGAUUUGAGGGAAAAACGUCAGCAAUGCCAGCAGAUCAUGUACGACACAACCCACUUUCAAAAAAAAAAAACUUUUAAUAACAGAAAAAAUGCACCAACACUGAACCAGCACAACCACACAAGCUCUCACGCGGGUUAAAUAUUAAAGCAAACCUAAAGCAAAAAAUAUGACCAUCAUGAUGUCUUCUGUCCGGCGGCGGCGGCGGCGGCGUCUAUGCAUAUAGGAUCGAAUUACCCAGGAGCACUUCAAGAACCUACAGACCCAGCUCGAGCUGGCCUACGCCUCGACGGCCAAUUCGAGGACGUGCUUGGCGGGCAUACCGGGCCUCGGCACCACCGUCUCGGGCAGCAGCGCCAACAUGCUCGGGGCCCUGCUCGAGACCAAGGACGCGCGCAUACAGACGCUCGAGCGCCAGGUGCAGAUGCUCGAGGCCGAGCUGAGGCGGCUCAAGGACUGCGGCGGUCGACUGAGGGAGCAGCUCGCGAGGGCCGUGCCGGUGCCCAGUGGUGGCUCGGCUCCGCAGCGCAGACACGGAGGUCUCGGUGGCGGUCCCAGCAUGAUGAUCAGGCCGACCUCGACGUCGCCCACCUGGCCGGGCGCCCUCCGAAAUCAGCAUCAACUCGCACUGGUGCACCAGCAGCACGCACAAAUGCUCGCCAGGCACGAUACGCACUUCAAACACCAAGUAAGUGUCUCUGAUCUCGCUCGCUGCGGAAAGAGACGAUGCCGAGGAAUUACAGAGCUACACGCACACGUGGGGUGUGUUUGUGUAUAAUCAAGGUCUAUGCGUUGGUGUUGGGUUCUAAUUAUAACUACACGUCACUUUACACACCGCUAAUUAAUUACACGCAUUCGAGCAAAGAAAAGAAAAAAAAAUGAAAAAUGUUUUUGACAAUUGUCGAAUUCCAGGAACGAAUAUUAUAUGUGUAAACUAUACUGUUGUUUGAAUAUUGAAAAAGCUUCAUAAUUGUCCUGAAAAUAAUUCCUAUAUAUCUUCUUUUCUCUAUCGUCAUUCCGGAAAGAAAAAAAAACAACAACGUACACUCGCAACCCCUAUAACUGGGCAAGAGUGCGGCGGUAAUUUUUUCAUUCCCCCGCAGUUUAAAUAUUGAUUUACCUGAGAAUAUUUUAUGAUGCUAAAAGAGACAUACUGCUGCCUUGUACUACUACUACCUUCGCAUUGAAAUAACCCGUUUCUCUCCUCUUAUUAUAUAAUAUAUUGUACAAUCCAUUAUAAGCAGAGUAAAAUAUAGUACAUAGAAGCUUCUCGCUAUAUUUAUAUACGCCAAGUGCUAAUUAAAAUUGAUUCGAUGCAAAACUGGAAUUUCAUAAUGGUUAACGCUAGAGUAUAAGAUUACUGAAAGUUAUGUCUAACUCGUGAAGUAUUUACUGCUACUAAUGAAAUGAGAAAAAAAAGAAAUACAGUAGAGUAAUAUUAAGCCAUUUCCAUUGAAAAACGCAAUUUUUUUUAUUAAUAUACAAAUCAUAAUCAAAUUAUUUUCUUUCAUUGUAACAAAUAACAACCAUGGUCAAGCGCUGCAUGUUAACACGAGUCCUGCCCGAGUAUGGCGACGCAAUCAUUAAAAAAAUAUCAUCAUGCUGGUCGUAAUCAUUCCUAUAACUAUAUAAAUCGACGUUUACGCACCACCAAAUCAAUCAGUAAAAAAAAAUCCAUCGACGUAGUCAGCUCAUCACAGAAAAACCACAACAAACAACACGAGUAACUAAACGUUUAGAAAAAAAAAUGAAAUUAAUUGAUGAAAGAUGGUCGCGAGAUGCGCGACGUAAAAGCAAUUGAGCCUGAUGACAUGAAAAAAAUUCCCCUCCCACAAAAACCAAACGUACGGCACCAAAGGU